AAAUGAAGCAAUCAAAGAAAGGAGUCCAAGCAUUUCCGAGGGCAAAGAAUUAGUGAGGCUGCCGAGAGAGGUCGGUGGCGAUGCUGCUGGGGGCAUGGCCAUCCCAGGCAUACCUGGCAUGCCCUCAUGUGCGAUAACAACAGCCAUGAGAGUGAAAAUGGCAAAACAAGCAGCACAUGUUGCAACUGAGACCCCAAAAGCCAUAGCUCUAAUGCCUUAUAAAG